AUGGCCCCCAAGAGCAAGAAGACCGGUGACACCAUCAACUCGCGCCUUGCGCUUGUGAUGAAGUCCGGAAAGGUCACCCUUGGCUACAAGUCCACCAUCAAGACCCUCCGUACCGGCAAGGCCAAGCUGGUCAUCAUCGCUGCCAACACCCCUCCCCUCCGCAAGUCCGAGCUUGAGUACUACGCCAUGCUCGCCAAGGCCCCCGUUCACCACUUCUCCGGAAACAACAUUGAACUGGGAACCGCCUGCGGUAAGCUGUUCCGUUGCAGCACCAUGACCGUCCUUGACGCUGGUGACUCCGACAUCCUCACCAGCCAGUAA